AUGGACUGUGCUCCACAGAUAGCUCAAGCAAUAGAAGAAAGCAUUCCACAAGCUCAAAUACUUUGGUGCGGAGUACAUGUUCUUCGUGCAAUUCUUCGCAAAUCAAAUAAGUUUUCUUCUCAAGAAAAAUUUGAACAAUUCUAUAAUUUGAUGAAGGAUUUAGUCUUCAAAUUAGAUGCAGAACAUGAGGAAGAAGCAAAUGCUGCCUAUGAUCAAGUUCUGGAGUUGCUCGACACAGAUCCAACAGCAUCUCAAUACUUUAACAGACAAUGGCGUUACAACAUAUCAAGAUGGAUUGCUCGUGACAGGCGUGAAGGCGACGCAACUAACAAUAUUGCCGAAGCUCAUUUUAGAACACUCAAACAUGACUAUUUUCCUGAUCGAAAAAAUCUCAGAAUUGAUGAUGUUAUUAUAGAAAUUUAUACAAAAGUGAUACCAUCUUUCGUUAUCAAACUCAAAAUUGAUCAAAAUCCAGCAGAUGACCGUGUCAUUAGGAUCAUGGAAAAAGCAACUAACGCAGAAAUUGAUGUAAAAAGACAAAGAAAAAUCGAGAGUAUUUCAAUGCUCAAUAGAUUGCUCAAUGCUGUUAGUGAUGACUCAAUAGAUCCCACUAAAAUAUAUCCUACCUUGAAAGUAUUAUUACAAAGAACUCAUUUUAUUUAA